GUGCCAUAUCUAUACGACAGUUGUUCACGUACUUUGGCGUCAAGAUCUAACUUUGGAUCUAAUGCUUUCCGAUCCGGACAUCCAACGUAUUCAACUUAUCGAUGAUUCUAUACGAUCACGCAGACUUUGGGUUUGCCUCGAACUAAUAUCAGAACAUUCUGAACAAGUCUCUUCUAUACGACGGAUCACCCGUAGUAUUCCUUCGCCAGUGAAAUUAAUAUUGGGCAGUAUGACAAUCCUUGCCGAAGGAGAUCACCGCUGUCGACUCCGGGUUCUGCUUUCAACUUCGAGAUGGAAGCCCUCCAAACCUGGCAUGAUUCUGGGGGAGUGGUCCUUCGACUUUCGAAGUCUGACAGAUCAUGCUGAUUCCAACAAUUCCCUCAAACUUUGCAUGUACAAUCAACAAGAAAGCCCUUCAGCAACCGCCGGAAGUCUGCGCUUCGCCAUCAGCCCUAUGCCAGCUUUUAGCCCCAGUAAACGCAGGCAGAUCCCAGCACAGUUUUUGGAAUCGCACACAUCAAAUCUAUCGCCUGGGAUCUUUACCAGUCCUGAGACCGAAAAAAGCGGCGAUGAUUCUGGCGGAGUCUCACAAGGACCUGGCUCACAAAGAGGUUUGCCUUCCGUCUUAGAUCUCAAUCUUACUUUCAAGGAGCCAGACGAAUAUCGGAGACCUGAAUCGGUUGUCCGACAGAUAACUGCCGCAUUCCGUAACCUCAAGGGAGGGCUUUAUUUGCGAAAGUCAGGCACCCCAAGAGAUACCAUAUCCGUUACAUACUCAACAAACGCACUCGAACCAAAUGAUGUAUGAAAUGAUUCGACCCACCGAUUAGGGGACAUUCUUUAAAAUGCCCACAGUUCCUCCUGGUUUACAUCGUAACGGCACUCGGCCACGCCAGUCCCCGACACCUACUUACGAGCAAUUUAUUAGUUUUUGUAACUCUACAUACAGUCUCUGCGCGCUCUACAGGUAAAAACGGAACAGAAAGCCAGACCCUUAUACAUAUUAUCGCGUUCACUGUUCAGCAACAUUGCACAAUGUACUGUCUGCGGUAGAUAAAUAAAGAAUCAAGUCGUAUGUAUGAUAGAGGGAACUCUCACAUAAGCACUUGUGCACGUUGAAGCAUCAGGACACGGAAGCUUAUGAAGGCAAAGCUUCCUCUGGCUCGCGCUGCAGC